AAAAAUAAUUUAGUGCCCUUGCCAAAGCUAACACUUAACUUGAGGCUUCAAGUUCUUUACUAAGGGUAGAAAAAGAUGGGAGAAAGGUAAUUAAAUGGUAAAGUCAGAAAACUUUCUGUUUAGGAACACCUUUGGAUGAUUUCAUCACACAAUCUUAACACAAUAGACUGAGGUUGGCUUGACCUGAAAAGGCUUCCAGGAGGAAGAAUUGAGAGGCUUGCAUGUUAUGCGAUACUCCAUUAUGGUAGCAAUUGAGCCGCAAGCAGAAUCCAGAAGCCUGCCAUGGUCUUAGGUGAAAGAUGGUGGUCGCAUUAUCAUGAACUCGCCCUCACUUUGGACAAGGGCGGCCAGAUCCUGAGGGUGUCUACAGCCCUGAGCUGCCUCCUGGGCCUCCCCUUGAGGGUGCAGAAGAUCCGAGCCGGCCGCAGCACGCCGGGCCUGAGGCCUCAACAUUUAUCUGGACUGGAAAUGAUUCGAGAUUUGUGUGAUGGGCAACUGGAGGGGGCAGAAAUCGGCUCAACGGAAAUAAUAUUUACACCAGAGAAGAUUAAAGGUGGAAUCCACACAGCAGAUACCAAGACAGCAGGGAGUGUGUGCCUCUUGAUGCAGGUCUCAAUGCCCUGUGUUCUCUUUGCUGCUUCUCCAUCAGAACUACGUUUAAAAGGUGGAACGAAUGCUGAAAUGGCACCACAAAUUGAUUACACAGCCAUGGUUUUCAAGCCAAUUGUGGAAAAAUUUGGUUUCCAAUUUAAUUGUGACAUUAAGAUGAGAGGCUACUACCCAAAAGGGGGUGGUGAAGUGAUUGUCCGAAUGUCACCAGUUAAACAGUUGAACCCAAUCAAUUUAACUGACCGUGGUUCUGUGACUAAGAUAUAUGGAAGAGCUUUUGUUGCUGGUGUUUUACCAUUUAAAGUAGCAAAAGAUAUGGCAGCGGCAGCUGUAAGAUGCAUCAGAAAGGAGAUUAGGGAUCUGUAUGUUAACAUCCAGCCUGUUCAGGAACCUAAAGACCAAGCCUUUGGCAAUGGGAAUGGAAUAAUCAUUAUUGCUGAGACAUCCACUGGCUGUUUGUUUGCUGGAUCAUCGCUUGGUAAACGAGGUGUAAAUGCAGACAAGGUUGGAAUUGAAGCUGCUGAAAUGCUAUUAGCAAAUCUUAGACAUGGUGGUGCUGUCGAUGAGUAUUUGCAAGACCAGUUGAUCAUUUUCAUGGCAUUAGCUUGUGGAGUUUCCAGAAUAAAAACAGGACCAGUUACACUCCAUACACAAACAGCUAUACAUUUUGCUGAACAAUUAGCAAAGUCAGGAAUAUGGGACCAGCUUAGGUGUGUGGUUCUGGCUCCUGGUGUCUUGAGUUUGCAAUCACGCCAACCACUGGGUGGAGCUACAGUCAUCUCAAGACUUGAACGGAGAAAGCACAAGCAGGGGGAGCAGCAGGAAGAGGGAGAAGCCAGUUCCCUGCUGAGCAGAGAGCUUGAUGUGGGGCUCCAUCCCAAGAUCCUGAGAUCAUGACCUGAGCUGAAUUCGAUGUUUUCUGACCCACCAAGAUACAAGGUGGCUGCUGAAGCAGAGCCUGAGCCUCUAGCCUUUCGUAGGCUAAGUGAAUAUUUUGACUUAUAAAGGUAUCUUCUCCCCAUUAAGCAGGACUCCAGUGCUGUGACUGUACCAAUUGAGGGGCUGCCUGUAUCAGCCAGGAAGAGGCAGGUAAAGAGAAGCGGGGAAGCAUAGCUGGAAAGCAACUCUGAGUUGUGGUAAAGAUGGAGAGAAAGCAAACAGUGAGGAUGCUUACUUUUUU